AUAGCGUUCGCUGCGUGACAAUGCCAGGCUUGCUCGAGACUCGGAGUCGAGAGGGACAGACGGUCAGCUGGCGCAGACCGGUGUAUGCUCGCGCGGGCAGGGCAGACUGAGGCCAGGAUCGAUGCGCCAAUGGGCGUCGCGUGAUUGGACAUCGAUGUGACGCGACGCGACGUGACUCCGGACCGCGUCCUCGAUCGCAGGGAUCGGCGGGGCUCUCUCAUCCGUGUUACUUAUAACAGCCCCUGAGUGACCAUGGCCGAGAGCUCCUGCCCGAUCUCUUCAAUUUUCCUCUUUCCGCCUUCCUCCCAUCCGCCAUGUCCGCAGGAGACGUCGAGAUCCACACGCUGCCCAAGGCGACUGGGUCGAGCGAUGUUAAGCUCAACAAAUGGUCCAGUAUCCUCACGCAGGACAAGGCCAGGGGAGGUGCCCAGGCCAUGCUUUAUGCGGUCGGGUUGACGGAGGAGGACAUGGACAAGCCCCAGAUUGGUAUUUCGCCCAUCUGGUGGGAAGGGAACCCGUGCAACUACCACUUGCUCGAUCUUGCCGUGAAGGUAAAGGAAGGCUGCAAACAGGAAGGCCUUGUCGGCCUCACCUUCAACACGAUUGGUGUCAGCGAUGCCAUCACCAUGGGCACUGACGGCAUGAGAUAUUCGCUACCGAGUCGUGACUUGAUUGCCGACUCAAUCGAAGCUGUCACCAAAGCCCAAUACUACGAUGCAAACAUUUCGGUUCCGGGAUGCGACAAGAACAUGCCCGCGACGGUCAUGGCUGCGGCCCGCCACAACCGCCCAACGAUCAUUGUUUACGGCGGUACCAUCCAGCACGGUGUCCGCCGCGUCGACUGCCCCGCACUCGGGCACAAAACCGGUGACGACAUGAACAUCUCCGACGCCUUCGAGUCGUACGGUGCGUUUGUUACUGGAAAGAUCAGCGACGAGGAGCGGUUCGACGUCGUCCGUAACUCAUGCCCCGGGCCCGGUGCCUGCGGUGGUAUGUUCACCGCGAACACCAUGUCGAGUGCACUCGAGGUCCUGGGCAUGUCGCUCCCCUACUCGUCCAGCACGCCCGCCACAUAUCCCGAGAAGGCGCAGGAGUGCUUCCGCGCCGCGCAGUACAUGAGGAAGCUGCUCGAGCUCGACCUCAAGCCGCGCGACAUCCUCACCCGCGCGGCGUUCCUCAACGCCAUCACCAUCGUCAACGUCCUCGGCGGGUCCACCAACUCCGUCCUGCACUUCCUCGCGAUGGCGCGCGCGGCGGAAGUGGAGCUCACGAUCGAGGACUUCCAGGUGGUGCGCGACCGGACGCCGUACCUGUGCGACCUGAAGCCGUCGGGCAAGUACCUGAUGGAGAACCUGCACCACGCGGGCGGCAUCCCCUCGCUCAUCAAGUACCUCCUCAAGAACACGAACCUCAUCGACGGCAGCACGCUGACCGUCACGGGCAAGACGCUCGCGGAGAACGUCGCGGACGCGGCGGACCUCGACUUCGAGGCGCAGAACGUGAUCCGCCCGUUGAGCAACCCGAUCAAGCCGACGGGUCACCUUACGAUCCUCCGCGGGAACCUUGCGCCAGGAACGGCCGUCGCGAAGCUCACGGGCAAGGAGGGCCUCCGCUUCGAGGGUACCGCGAAGUGCUUCGACAGUCUGCCACCCUUCUACACCGCGCUGGAGGCCGGCGAGAUCAAGGAGGGCACGGUGCUCAUCUUCCGCUACCAGGGUCCCAAGGGUGCACCUGGCAUGCCCGAGAUGCUGGGCCCUACCGGCGCACUCAUGGGCGCCGGCCUCGGCGGCAAGACCGCGCUGAUCACGGACGGCCGGUUCUCUGGCGCCUCGCGCGGGUUCAUCAUCGGGCACGUCGUGCCGGAGGCGCAGGUCGGCGGGCCGAUCGCGCUCGUGCACGACGGGGACGAGAUCAUCAUCGACGCGGCGGACCGCACGAUCAGCUGGCUCGUCGACGACGCGGAGAUCGCGCGCCGCAAGGCGGAGUGGGAGGCCGCGGAGCCGCUGCCGCGUGCGUUCCGCGAGAAGCGGGGCGUGCUGUACAAGUACGCGAGGGAUGUUGCCCCGGCGAACGUGGGCGCGUACACGGAUUGA